AUGCUUCAAGCACUGAGCUCCAUCGCCGCCCUCGUGGUUGUUGCCACGAUGGUCUCAGGUCGUGCUAUGCCCGAUGGCUCUUGGCCUACCAGCAAGGGCACUGUCAAGUUCGACGAAGUUUACACGAUCAAGUCGGGCGAAGUGUAUGACGGCAAGAUGAAGACGUACGAGCGCUCUAACAUCACUUGCAAAGGACAAGAGGAGAGCGGCACAUUCACAGCCGUAUUCACGCUUGAGGCUAACGCUACCCUCAAGAACGCGAUCAUCGGUGUCAACCAAAUGGAAGGAGUUCACUGCGACGACAACGACUGCACUAUUCAGAAUGUGUGGUGGGAUGAUGUGUGCGAGGACGCCCUAAGUAUUAAGGGUGGCGACGCCUCCAGUGUUUCACGUGUCCUUGGUGGUGGUGCGCGCUACGCUGAUGACAAGAUUGUGCAGCACAAUGGACUUGGCACGGUUAUCAUCGAUGGAUUCUUCGCGCAAGACUUCGGUAAGCUGUACCGCUCGUGCGGUUCGUGCAGCAACAACCCCGCCCAGCGUUUCCUUAACAUCAGAAACGUAUACGCGGAUCUCGAGGUCAUCAAAGCCCAGCGCGUGGACCCGAACGUGAGUAUCGUCAUGAUGAACGAAAACUUCGGAGACGAGGCUACUCUGCACAACAUCCGCGUGAAGCCUGGUGCGGAGAACUACACUGAGUGCAGUUACUCGCGCGGUGUGCAGAAGGGUGACAAGCCGCUCAUUCUCGGCAACGGUCCUAAGAAACCCGUGUGUAAGUACUCGAUGGACGAAAUUCACCUUGUUGAGGGAGGAGCCAAGCAGCAACAGCAGACCGUCGGAACGGUUCGCCCUGCUGCUGAUGUGAAGGAUGACAAAGACGGCAAAGACGACAAAGAAGUAUCCCAGCAAAACAAGUGA